UUGUUUGUGCCUUGGGGGCGGCGCCGGGUUCCGAACCCUCAAGGUGGGCUGCCACCAUGGCGCUGCCCCCAGGCCCAGCUACCCUCCCGCACACACUGCUGCUUCUGCCAGCCCUUCUGAGCUCAGGUUGGGGGGAAUUGGCACCACAAAUUGAUGGUCAGACUUGGGCCGAGAGGGCACUUCGAGAGAACGAACGCCACGCCUUCACCUGCCGGGUGGCAGGGGGGCUUGGGACGCCCCGCCUGGCCUGGUACCUGGACGGACAGCUGCAGGAGGCCAGCACCUCAAGACUGCUAAGCGUGGGCGGCGAGGCCUUCUCCGGAGGCACCAGCACCUUCACGGUUACCGCCCAGAGGGCCCAGCAUGAGCUCAACUGCUCCUUGCAGGACCCGGGCAGUGGCCGGUCAGCCAAUGCCUCCGUCAUCCUCAAUGUGCAAUUUAAACCAGAGAUCGCCCAGGUUGGGGCCAAGUACCAGGAAGCUCAGGGCCCAGGCCUCCUGGUUGUCCUUUUUGCCCUGGUGCGUGCCAACCCACCCGCCAACGUGACCUGGAUCGACCAAGAUGGGCCGGUGACUGUCAACGCGUCCGACUUCCUGGUGCUGGAUGCCCAGAACUACCCCUGGCUCACUAACCACACCGUGCAGCUGCAGCUCCGCAGCCUGGCGCGCAACCUGUCCGUGGUGGCCGCCAACGACGUGGGUGUCACCAGCGCUUCACUUCCGGCCCCGGGGCUUCUGGCCACCCGAGUGGAAGUGCCGCUGCUGGGCAUCGUUGUGGCAGGAGGGCUUGCCCUGGGCACGCUGGUGGGGUUCAGCACCUUGGUGGCCUGCCUGGUCUGCAGGAAAGAGAAGAAGACCAAAGGCCCCUCCCGGCGCCCGUCUCUGAUCUCUAGUGAUUCCAACAACCUGAAACUCAACAACGUGCGCCUACCACGGGAGAUCAUGUCCCUCCCGUCCAACCUUCAGCUCAACGACCUCACUCCGGAUCCCAGAGAGAGACCGGCAGACCGGCAGAUGGCUCAGAACAGCAGCCGGCCAGAGCUGCUGGACCCGGAGCCUGGUGGCCUCCUUACCAGCCGAGGUUUCAUCCGGCUCCCAAUGCUGGGCUAUAUCUAUCGAGUGUCCAGUGUAAGCAGUGAUGAGAUCUGGCUCUGAGCCGGGCAAGAUCGGAGUGGGGGGGGUGCCCUCUUGGCUCCUGGGCCCCCACCUCCUCCUCCAAGGCAGCCUCUGCCUGGCUCCGUUGCCAGGUCAUGCCACUGCUACUUUUGCUUGCCCUAAUGGCCGGGGUGCCCUCUGUCAUCCACAUGACACCUUUCACUGGGAUCGGGCCCUCAGGGGCACAGUUAUCCCUGGCGGAGCCACCAGCUGGACCUCAGCCCCGUGUUCUAACUCAGGUUGAGAGCCUCCACUGAUGCAGGUGCGCAGGUGGGGGGAGCUCUCUGUCCAGGUGUGUUUGCCGAGUGUGGCGUGGCCCUGCUGGCCUGGGCCUGCCCUGAGUCUCACUCCAGGACCCUUAGCACUUUGUACCGCAGGCAUGGGGGCAUGCCCGGGUGGGGGACAGGGAGGGCCCUGCAUGUCUUCAGUUUCCUUCCCAUGCUAUGCAGCUUUGUUCCCUCAGGGAAAAUUUAGGACCCUGAGAGCUAUAUGGAACCAAACUGUCCUUUGCACAGGAACCAACCCCCGGCACAAGGGCAGGGGCCAAGCACAAACGAAUCCCUUUUGCCACAUACUUCUCUGCCCUUCUUUGUCUGCGCCUCCUCUUGGGCCUUGUAGGUUAUAACAGUGGACCUUCUCGCAUUUCUCCACUGGACAGU